GUACUAGGCUAACUAGCCGCCCACGCUCGUUAAUUAUGCGCGUCACUCAUUUGUUAUUUAUACCCCUCCUUUUCACGCUCUCUGUCUUGCCGGUUCUUGGUCGUCUCUCCCAACGAAGUCAUCAUACCCUAGGCUCCGCGCACAAGGCAAAACGUAUCCCUUCUCCAGCUGGCAAUAACACGUUAGAAAAAAGAGACGAUACAAAGUAUGUCUUCAUGCAUCAUAUUGUUGGAAGUACGUGUCUUUGGCGCAAGCACCCUCACCUCACUGAUACACUUCCGUCGUUGCCUACCAACAGAUACAUAUCCCUAUACACAAUCUGAUUGGGCGGAUGACAUCUCUCGCAUCAGCGCCAACAGCGUCGAUGCUAUCGCUCUGAACAUAGGUGACGAUGACUGGCAGCUUUCGCAAAUCACCGACGCGUAUGCGGCUGCCGUGGGCACGGACUUGAAGUUGUUCAUCUCUUUUGAUUACACUGCAUUUUCAUGCGAUGUCUCAAAAACGAUUAGCUAUAUCAACCAGUUCAUAAGCCAUCCCAAUCAGUUCUACUACAAUGGACAGGUGAUGGUGUCUAGUUACUCUGGCGACUGUUUGGGAGCUAGCGGAUGGGAGACGAUCAAGUCUUCCACGAACGCUUACUUGAUGCCUUUCAUCUGGGGCCUUGAGAGUAGUUUCAGCUCAACCUGGUCUUUCUUGGACUCUUGGCUAUGUUGGGGAUGCGCUUGGCCGCAAGGGGACUACGAUAAGAAUACUAGCGAUGAUGAAUACUACAUGGGCCUCUUGGGAACGCGCUAUGCCACCACCGUCAGUAUGUGGAUAUUUACUCAUUAUUCGUGGACGGACAAGAAUUUUUACCUUCGGGGCGAUGACUGGCUCAUUGCCAAUCGUUGGGAGCAAUUGAUUUCUAUGCGCGAUCAGUUGACGUUUGUUGAAAUGGUGACCUGGAAUGAUUACGGCGAGUCAGACUACUUUGGUCCCUUCAAGGGAGCGCAGCCGGAUGGUACAUAUUGGGCCGAAGACUUUCCCCAUACCGCCUUCUAUGACCUGUCUCAGUACUACAUUACGGCGUUCAAAACUGGUAGCUACCCUGCCAUCACUCAAGAUGUCAUUUAUUACUGGGCGCGUCCUCAUCCAUAUGCUGCCAUUGCAUCUGCCGAUUCCCUCGGGCAGCCAACCGGUUGGAAUUGGGCAACGGAUAGUUUGUGGGCUUUGGUCUUUGCAACAUCGUCUGCAUCGGUUACUUUGCAGAUCGGUGGGUCUUCGGAAACCUUCAGCGUCAGUGCUGGCGUUACCGAGCUGUCAAUUCCGUUGGAUUACGGUCAAAUAACGGUUUCAAUGGUCAAAAACUCUCAGACUGUCAUUAACACGACGCCCACCGAUUUCACUUACAUCGCAAGUCCUUCUCAAUAUAACUUCAAUGCUUAUGCUGGUGCUGCUAUUGCGACCACUGCAUCGACAUCGACAUCGACAUCAACUUCAUCUACGUCUACUACAGCAACAUCGACCACAGCGGCUGCUACCUCGACAUCGACGUCUUGGUAUUCGAUUGGUUGUAUUGGUGAAGGAACGACUGGUCGUGCACUUUCAGGACCGUCCUACGUACAAUCGGGGUUGACCCCAGCAAUCUGUACUUCAUUAUGUUCUGAUUAUGACUAUGCAGGCAUGGAAUAUGGCGACGAGUGUUAUUGUGGCAAUUCAUACACCAGCAAUGGCGCAAGUGGAGCCCUUAUCGACUCAAGCUAUUGCAACGUCAUGUGUGACGGUGAUUCGAGCCAGCCUUGUGGCGGUUCCUAUGUUCUGAAUCUCUGGGGCAAGGGAAGUUCAUCCUCCAGCAGCUCAACUUUCUCCUACUAUGGAUGUAUCGCCGAAGGGUCUUCAGGACGUGCACUCACAGGCGCUAGCUACACCCAAUCAGGCAUGACGACAGAGGUUUGCCAGGGUCUUUGUGCGGAAUACGACUAUGCCGGAACGGAAUAUGCCCAGGAAUGUUAUUGCGGCAAUUCUAUGACAGAAAAUGGCGCUUCUGGCGCGAUUGUGGAUUCGAGCGAGUGUUGGGUUCCUUGUGACGGAAACAGCACUGAGAUUUGUGGUGGAUCCUAUCAUCUAAGUCUGUACGUCAAGGGGACCAGUCCAAGCAGCUGGACCAGUCAAGGAUGCUAUACCGAUAGUGCGGAGCGGCUUCUCCGUGGUUCUCUUACCACAAUUUCCGGGUUGACGACGGAUUCUUGUAUUAGUUCCUGCUCCGCUGCUGGUUACACAAUGGCUGCUACGGAGUACAUGUACCAAUGCCUUUGCGGUGACACCCUGUAUACGGACGGCGGAGCUGGCUCGUCUGCGUCCUCUAGCGACUGUAAUAUGGCCUGCGAUGGCGACUCAACUGAGACGUGCGGUGGUAGCUACCGCGUCAACCUAUAUACCGCACCUGGCACCUCCGUUUCAGGGUGGACAAGCCAAGGAUGCUACACCGACAGUGAUGAGCGCCUCCUCCGUGGUUCUCUUACCACAAUUACCGGGCUGACGACAGAUGCUUGUAUCAGUUCCUGCUCCGCUGCUGGUUACACUAUGGCUGCUACGGAGUACAUGUACCAAUGCCUUUGCGGUGAUACCCUGUAUACGGACGGCGGAGCUGGCUCGUCUACGUCCUCUAGUGACUGUAAUAUGGCCUGCGAUGGCGACUCAACUGAGACGUGCGGUGGUAGUUACCGCGCCAAUCUCUACACCGCAUCCGGCACCACCCUUUCAAAACGUGACUCUGCGUCUACUUUUUGGACGUUGUGGGGUUUGUUGAUUUAGUUGUUGGAGUAGCGGGAGGAUGAGGCUAUUUCGUUCAUUUGGGGAUCGUUUUUGUUGUUUAUUGUCACAUUCUUUUUUUAAAAUUUUGCUUUGACUGGAUGGGCGGAGUCCCUCCUGGUAGCGGAAGCAGCGCGAACUACUAAUCUUUAAAGCUUGGAUGAUACUUUUUAUACCCAGGCAUGUUGUAUACCGGUCUGUAGAGAAUCUGCCAUGUAGAUGUAGUUUCAAAGUACUAUGCUGUUGUGUUACUGAUUUUUGAUCACUGUGGCACAAUGAGGCUUGCU